UUCCUUCCUCUUUUUGUGUCGCUCAUUGUCUGCGAAGGGAGAUAUAUGUGGAACAUGCUGCAAAGUUUAGAUAGCGUUGUUAAACAGUGACUUCCGUUUCAAACAGAAGAUAUAUUAUAUUAUAACCACUUUGUCGCCGAAACUGAAUUUACGACGGUCUACGUGUUUGCUCUGGACUUCGUGUUUCAGACAAAAUGCUGUCGCUGUUCAUCUUAUUGAUGUUAGAUCUACUUGCAGAAAACGGAAGAGCUCUGGAAAAAGUUCCGACGCCCAGCAUCACUACCGAGCCCACAAGUGCAACGGGACUGCAAGGUGGUGUCAUCAUCUUCAAGUGUAAUACUCUCAUCGACAGGGAUAAAACAGUCUAUUUAUUCAGGGGCUCUGAGAUGAUUUUCCAGUUUCGUUCCAUUUCGGAGCCAGUAGCAUUUUUCACACUUAGAAAUCUAACUUCGAAAAGCGGUGGAACGUACCGGUGCAUGUCCGAAAUUUUCCGACCCAGACGAAGGAAAUCACGGCCUAGUAAUGCAAUACGAUUAACAAUGCGCGACACCCAAGCACCAUUGAGCAUACUUCGCCCACCAUCAGCCGUGGUUACUGAAGGCAGCAAUGUCGAUAUGACCUGCACCGCGAACAUGGGAAAUAACUGCGUAUUCUACGCAUACAGAGGAAAUCGGUAUUCGCCAAUCCAGCUGGGACAGCGAAGGAACAAUACCAGUAUUUCAAUGCUGAACGUGACUCUCGGUGACGCAGGAAAAUAUGCAUGUCAUUGCCUGGUGGAAGUGAACGGUAUUUUUGUAUUCUCAGCACCAAGCCACUUCAUGGAAUUGACUGUGAGAGAAAGUGUUCCAAAGCCCAACAUCACGUUUGAACCGAUGUCAGGCAUAGGACUUCAAGGAGGCAUCAUUACCGUCAAGUGUGAAAUUCCUAGUGCCGGAGAGAAAAUAGUUUAUCUUUUAACAGGUUCUAAAAAAAAUUCCGGUAUUGUCACCCUUUCGGAGCCGGCAGUAUUUUUCACACUAGCCAAUUUGAAUUCGAAAACCCCAAGAAAUUACCGGUGCAUGUACGAAACGCUGUUACCCAAGAAAGGCAAAUCGGGUCCGAGUGAUGAGAUUCAAUUAACAGUACUUGACAUCCAAGCACCCUCAAGCUUUUUGCGCCCAACUUCAGCCGAGGUAGCCGAAGGCAGCAAUCUCUUCUUAACCUGCAUAGCCAACACGAAACAUCAAUGCUUCUUCUAUGAAUAUAGUGAUGAUGAAUAUUCGCCUUACCAGUCGGCGGCAGCAAGGAACAAGACAACCAUUUCAAUGUAUAGCAUAAGGCGUUCUGAUGCCGGAAAGUACGUAUGUCAUUGCCUCGUGGAAGUGAACGGUACUUUUUCAUUCUCGGCUCCGAGUAACGUCAUGGAAUUGUCUGUGAUUGAAAUUGCUAAAAAGACUUCAGAAAAAUGUGAAGAAGAUGUCUCCUCAGAGUAUGGUGGACUUUUAGUAGUAGCGUUGGGCGUUACUGUGUUUAUCGUCCUUAUCCUGAUGUCUGCAAUCCUGGCUAUCCGCCUGUCUAAAAGAAGGUAUUCUCCGGAAAACAAAGAAAUUCAAAAAAAUCAAUGAAAAGAAACUACAAGCAAAGACUGAAAAUCAAGCUACAAAAGAAAACAAAUUAUUGAAUUAAAUGUAAAGCGAAUAUUUACAGAGCAUUUCUAAUUUUAUCGUGAUUCAGCGGGGUCUUAAUUAUGUAAUAUAUGACGAAUAGUUAUUGUAUUGCUAAGAAAUAACAUUGCACAAUUCUCUACUCAACUGAUAUCUAGAAAGCACGUAAGAAAUUCCAGUAAAAAAGAGCAUGGAAUUUCUGAAUAUUGUAUUUGCUAAGUAAUGCGCAAAUAGCACGCUAUAGUGCACACAUUACAUAAUACUUCCAUUUGUAAAGCUGAAAACAUUACAGGCUGUCAUUCAAUGUUGCUGCAGUAUAGUUCGAGACAAAUCAUGCCAUCAUUCUGAGAAGUCAAUCAACUCGUCAACAAUAAGAACAUGUGGGUGACAUGAGGAUAGUUAAAAUCAAUCUGCCUCAUAAAUUCGCAUGUAAACUGGAAGUAAGCAGUGUUUCGUGUGAUUCUCAGACUGCGAAGCGGAAUUAGGUCAUUCGUCCUAUGGAGUCUACUCCGCUAUUUAAUCAUGGCUGAUAUUCUAUCCCUUUCAGUCCCUUUCACCUGCCUUCUCCCUCUAACCUUUGAAGCAUUAAGUAUACACAAUGCCCUCAGUGACAAUGCGUUCUAUAAAUUUACCAUCCUCUGGUUUAAGAAAUGUCUGCUCAUCUCUGUUUUAAACGGACAUCUUUCUAUUCUGAAGCUGGACACUUUAGUCUUAGACAUUCCAACCAUUGGAAUCACCAGCUUCACGUCCUUUCUAUCUAGUUCUUUCAAUAUACCAAAUAACGUGGCCUCCAUAGCCGUCUGUGGCAACGGAUUCCACGGAUUCACCACCCACUAGGUAAAGAAAUUCCUCCUCUUUUCACUUUGAAAAGGAUUGUCUUCUAUUUUGAGUCUGUGCCUCCUUCUACUAGACUGACCCACAAUAGAAAACAUUGUCUGGCAAACGUCUGCCAAGCUUUCUGACAUAUAUCCCAGAGAAGGAAUAUAACACACACUGACUGCAAUUGGGUUUCACGAGACAGGAUGUCGGCAAGCAUGCAAAGUGCCAUAUACCACUCCAACUUAACCAAGACAGGAACCAAUCCCAAUCACAUCAGUCUUCCCGGAUGCCUAUCCUCUUGCACGUCAUUACGGUGAAGUACGAUUUGCGAAACGUUAAUUUGCAUGUGUUUUCGAUUACUUCUGUCAAUGAUAUGUGAGUUUAUAUUUGUUUGAAUUGAUGCGUUACUGGUUCUUUAAUAUGGACUGAACUGUCCAACACUUAUUGUAUUCUCGCAAUGUUUUAAAACAAAAUUGCUACCCAUAAAAUAACG